AUGCAGGAGCUCAUUGCCAGCCUAGAGGGGUUCUCCUUCGCCUUUGAAGAGGAUGUGCGGGCACAGAGGGGCACCGGGCUCCUGCCCUUCCAGGGCAUGGACAAGUCGGGGGCAGCUGUGUGUACUUUCUUCUCCCGAGGGCUCUGUGGGAAAGGUAAGCGCUGCCCCUUCCGGCACGACAUGGGGGGCCGGACGGUGGUGUGCAAACACUGGCUUCGGGGCCUGUGCAAGAAGGGCGACCAGUGCAAGUUCCUGCACCAGUACGACACCUCCAGGAUGCCGGAGUGCUACUUCUACUCCAAGUUCGGUGACUGUAACAACAAGGAGUGUCCCUUCCUCCACGUGAAGCCCGCUGCCCGGACCCAGGCCUGCCCCUGGUACGACCAAGGUUUCUGCAAGGAUGGUCCCCGGUGUAAGUACCGCCACGUUCACAGAGUGAUGUGUGUCAACUACCUGGCUGGCUUCUGCCCCGACGGGCCCAGGUGCCGACUGGCCCACCCCAAGUUGAACCCAUUUUUACUCAGUCCCAGCUACAUGGAGGGUGGGAAGUGGUCCCGGACCUCGGCCCCUUCUGCUGCCACGGUGGAACCUCCCUGGGCGCCUUCGAGAUCAGAGAGCCUGCUCCCAGGAAUGAGGACCCAGGAGAGCCUGCUCCCCGCCUGCCUGGAGCUCUGGCCUCUGCAGCAGGUCCUGUGCUACAGGUGUCGAAAAAUGGGCCACUAUGCCAAUUGGUGCCCAGAAGCCCACCUGAUGGGGCUCAUCCCGAAGCAGCCUCUGGUCUGGGGCGCUGGAAGACCCUUUGGUGACCACGCGGAGCUGCCCUGGGACUGUGUUCCCGCUGGUCUGCCUCAAGCCCGCGGACAUCCUGCCCAGGCCGUGAGACAUGGGAGAAGCCGGCUACACCUAGACUUCUUUCCGGCUGCCCUGUGAGUGGGCGACCCCUGGAUGCGCAGACUCGGGGCCAGUUGGUUGAGCGAAAGUGGUGGGUCAGCAGGAUGGACGUGCAUAUGUGCAGUUAUUGGCUUUGAGGCUGCUUGUUAACGCUGGGCCCCGGGCUGCUCUGUACUGGACAUUAAAUCUGAUGGUUUUCUUGUGCAUGA